AUGGAGCAGUGCAAACAGAACUGUCUUCCAUCUCAUGGCCGCCUCAUACAGUACCGACCCCAAGAGCCUGCAGAGCUGCAGAAGUGUGUGUUUCCAGACUCUCUGGUGACUGUAUCAGAGGGCGGCAGAGACCUGGGGAAGUUCACUGUGACAGUGGAGUUUGCCUGUAGAGUCCAGCGUCCCUGUCUGCUGCUACGUGCUCAGAGCCAAGGAGCCAUUGAUGAUGCCCCUUGUGGAACAAUUGUCACAGUUUACCUGUCUACUGACCUGGAGGUGCUGGAAGAAGAUUACCAUGAGUAUGUGAAGCUUGAAGACCACAGUUUGGACAAGAGGUGUCACAUGGUGCAGCAUGACGGGCAGAUGGUGAUCAAUAAGGUUACUACUAUAGGAGAGGAGGUGAUGAAGGAGAGUGUUUCUUAUCCUAUGUCUGCUUUAAGAGGGCUAGUAACAGAGGGUUCCAACUUGCUGUUGAUGCGUCUGAUCGCUCUGAGGAAGAUGGUGCCAGAACACAUGACCUUCAUCUCUUUCGACCAGGGGUUAUACAUCACCCACACCAUCUUUAGUGAGCUGGGUCUGAAGCAGCUGGAGGUUGACGGUGAGGCUGUGGAGGUAUUUGGGGUGGAGAGGACUGUUCACUCUGUGGAGGACAGCCCCACCACCUGGCAGUGCUACUUCUUGGAUGAUGGGUAA